CCAGGGGCCUCCACCGGGGCAGGGACCCCGACCAGGCCAGGGGCCUCCACCGGGACGACGACCCCCGCGGGAGCAGGGACCCGUACCAGAUGUUCCGUUUGAUGACGCUCCCAUGGAGGAGCCCCCAGCGCCGCCUGGUGAACUUCUUUUCCUCUUAGGCCUCGCUGAGGUUGAAUGGGUAGACCAUCAGGAUGGCGAUGAUCUCAACGUCCUUGACAUGUGCAUAUCCCCCCCCGAGUCACCACCUAUGUCACCACUGCCACAGCUUCAACAGGAAGUUGCGCAUCCGGCUGGAGAGAAUGGUGAGGAGGUUCCCUGGGAGCAUCGUGUUGCUGUAACACCCCCACGCGCCCCUGCCAGGCUGCCUACGCCACCCAUUCUCCUGAGCCCGCCUGUGCGCAGAGGUGCGCAUCCGGCUGGAGAGAAUGGUGAGGAGGUUCCCUGGGAGCAUCGUGUUGCCGUAACACCCCCACGCCCACGCGCCCCUGCCAGGCUGCCUACGCCACCCAUUCUCCUGAGCCCGCCUGUGCGCAGAGCUGAGGAUCCUGUAGCCGAGGACGUCGUCGUCCACCCCGUCGGCGUGCACAUGGCGCGACGGCGGGAGCAGAUUCGGAGGGCGGCAAUGGCUGCUGCAGCGGCGCAGCAGGGCGCGGAUGGGGGGAUGAUAGUUCAACCGGCAGGUGCAGAGGUCAACGCGGUGGCCAUGGGCGCGGAGGUCAGAGACGAUCUCGACGUGCCACCGCCACCCCGGUCACCAGGACGGAUAAGUCCAGAGCCAGAAAGGACACCACCCGCCUCGCCUGGGGUGCCAGCACCACCCCCACAGCCCCAACCCGAUCACGGAGAUGAAGGUGCCGAAGCGGAUUGGCCUGUUCGGCGUGGGCGUGGAAGGCCCCGACGUGUGCCAACGGGGAACACCCCGGAGCGCGUCCGCCGGCCAGUGGGGAGGCCUCCCCGGGUGCACACGGGGCACACCCCGGAGCGCGUGCGCCGUCCAGUGGGUCGACCACCUCGUCGCCCUCGCCAGCCGCGAGAGCCGCGAGAGCAGCGAGAGCCGCGAGCGCGACAGCACCGCCGCCGCAUACUGCCGAUUGGUGACAUGGAGGACGAUGCGGACGAGCCGGAGGAGCGCGGUCUUGAAAUGAUUGGCCAGGACGUCGGGCCAGAGGACGUCAUUGUCAUCGACGACGACGAGGAGGACGACAACAUCGGCGGUGCCGAUCAGCUGGGAGGCCGUGCACCAGCGCCCGUCGCUGUAGAUCCGAACCUGGCUGAGUUCCGCCGCGUGCGCGCUGAGCAGGAGGAAGAAUACAACGCUGGCCUCGCUGUGGACCAGGAGCGUCAGCGGCUGCGCCAGGAAGCAGAGCGGGAGGACCGCGAGCGCGCCGCUGCCGACGAACGGCUGCGGGAGGCACUCGCUGCUCGGCGCGCUGAAGCCGUCGCGGCGAUGGAGGCACUGGGCGAGGUCGGCGACGGCGACGGCGACGUCUACGAGGUGGCCUUCGUGUCCCCCUCGGGACAGCGGUGGUCCAGGUUAUUCCGGUCAGACACCCUGCUCCAAAAUCUCCGGACCGCCGUCGAGGCCCGGGAGGAGACGCCCUGGGGUUUUCGGCUGCGGUCGGCUGAGGACAACGAAGUAGUGGAUGUAGAGUACGCAGACGUAACUCUGCAUGACUUUUUCGUCACUGGCCGCCGCGUCCUGCUGCGUGUGGAGGAGGACGACGAGGCCCCACCCCCUGUAGCACCGCAGCCCAACCUCCAGCCCGAACCGCAGCCCAACCAACCGCAGCCUGCACAGCAGAACGAUCUCCAGCCCGAACCACAGCCCAACCAACCGCAGCCUGCACAGGAUAACGAUCUCCAGCCGGAACCGCAGCCCAACCCUCUCCAGCCAGCGGGGGCGCUUCCAGUCGCGCCAGGCAACGAUCCCCAACCGUGGCCAACGGCUGGCCCGGCAAAUGUUGAAGGGACCUGCGUAAUUUGUCUAGAGGCAAGGUCUAUCAUGGCCUUUGUGCCUUGCGGGCACGUCCAAAUGUGCGAGCCCUGCUCAAAGAAUUGGAAAAGACAUACUCUUGUACAAAACAGAAAGUGCACCAUCUGCAGGAAGGUAGUGAAAAGCUUUUUAAAACUUUAUUUCGCCUAACAAGUUUAAGUUGUUUUUUUUUUUUUUCAGACGGGUCUUAAUUAAGGAUCAAGCUUUCUCCGUUCCUAUGACUUUUUUUUUACUUCCUUUGAUUUGUUGUCAUUGCUGGUAGGAUUGCUCUUGUGCUCUUUAAAGCUCUUAUCUCUCCCUAUUAUCUUUUGAUUUCACAGAGUUCUCUGAAAUGUAAAACAUACAAGCUGAAUGUAUAUAAAAACACUUUUUAAAAGAGGACAUGCAGUGUAAAAUCAGGUGUUUCAAUCAUUUGUUUAAGAAAAGCAGAAACUUUCCAUCUGUUAUGUGUACUGAUUAAAAGUGAAACUUCACUGA